AUGGAAAAUGAUGUAUUUAUUACGCAAGCUUUCCAUACAAAUCCAGAUAAUCAACGUAUGGAGAAAAUUCUUCUUCUACAACGUCUCAUUCGUUCCUAUUACGUUCGUCGACAAUUUGAAGACGUGCGAAAAGAAUAUUUGAAAACAUUAACAGAUAUCGAAGGAGAAAUGGCAAUCAAACCAAUUGAAUCUCAUCCAAUUAAAGUCGAAGAACCACUCAAACAAACAAUUGCUGUACUUCCAUCCAGAGAAGAAUUACUACGAAAACGAGAGGAAAUUGCUAUUGAAUUGUUAUGGAUGGAACAAGCGAUUCAGAGUCGCAAAGAUUACUUACGUUUGAAAUCUCGUUAUACUAGUUCUAUUUCUUAA